GCGGCGGGGAGGGGAGAGGCUCUGAGAGGCGAGGCCGGGUGCGGCGGCGAGGGCGUCCCAACGGGCGCGGGACGGGACGGGGCAACGCGGGCGCCAGGAGCAGCGGCCCGGAGUCGGGGCGCCUUGCCCCGGGCCCCCCAGCAUGAAGACCCCGGCGGACACAGGGUUUGCCUUCCCAGAUUGGGCCUACAAGCCCGAGUCAUCCCCUGGCUCGAGGCAGAUCCAGCUGUGGCACUUCAUCCUGGAGCUGCUUCGGAAAGAGGAGUACCAGGGUGUCAUCGCCUGGCAGGGGGACUACGGGGAAUUCGUCAUCAAGGACCCCGAUGAGGUGGCCCGCCUCUGGGGCGUCCGCAAGUGCAAGCCCCAGAUGAACUAUGACAAACUGAGCCGGGCCCUGCGCUAUUAUUAUAACAAGCGCAUUCUGCACAAGACCAAGGGGAAACGGUUCACCUACAAGUUCAACUUCAACAAACUGGUGCUGGUUAAUUACCCUUUCAUCGACGUGGGGUUGGCUGGGGGUGCGGUUCCCCAAAGCGCCCCUCCAGUGCCAUCAGGUGGCAGCCAUUUCCGCUUCCCUCCGUCCACGCCCUCCGAGGUGCUGUCCCCCACCGAGGACCCCCGAUCUCCACCGGCCUGCUCCUCCUCAUCCUCUUCUCUCUUCUCUGCUGUGGUUGCCCGCCGCCUGGGCCGAGGCUCAGUCAGUGACUGUAGUGACGGCACGUCGGAGCUGGAGGAGCCUCUGGGAGAGGACCCCAGGGCACGACCACCUGGCCCUCCAGAGCUGGGUGCCUUCCGAGGGCCCCCCCUGGCCCGCCUCCCGCAUGACCCUGGUGUCUUCCGAGUCUAUCCUCGGCCCCGGGGUGGUCCUGAGCCCCUAAGUCCCUUCCCUGUGUCACCUUUGGCUGGGCCUGGCUCCCUUCUGCCCCCUCAGCUCUCCCCAGCUCUGCCCAUGACUCCCACCCACCUUGCCUACACGCCCUCGCCCACGCUGAGUCCUAUGUACCCUAGUGGUGGCGGCGGCCCUAGUGGCUCAGGGGGAGGCUCCCACUUCUCCUUCAGUCCCGAGGACAUGAAACGGUACCUGCAGGCCCACACCCAAAGCGUCUACAACUACCACCUCAGUCCCCGCGCCUUCCUGCACUAUCCAGGGCUGGUGGUGCCCCAGCCUCAGCGCCCUGACAAGUGCCCGCUGCCGCCCAUGGCACCGGAGACCCCGCCGGUCCCCUCCUCAGCCUCGUCUUCCUCUUCCUCCUCUUCAUCCCCGUUCAAGUUUAAGCUUCAGCCACCCCCGCUCGGACGCCGGCAGCGGGCAGCCGGAGAGAAAGCUCCCGGAGGCACUGACAAGAGCAGUGGCGGCGGCAGUGGCUCCGGUGGGCUGGCCGAGGGGGCAGGCGCACUGGCCCCCCCACCGCCACCACCCCAGAUUAAGGUGGAGCCCAUCUCAGAAGGCGAGUCGGAGGAGGUGGAGGUGACUGACAUCAGUGACGAAGAUGAGGAAGACGGGGAGGUGUUCAAGACCCCCCGUGCCCCGCCCGCUCCCCCAAAGCCAGAGCCCGGAGAGGCACCCGGGGCAGCCCAGUGUAUGCCCCUUAAACUGCGUUUUAAGCGGCGCUGGAGUGAAGACUGUCGUCUGGAGGGGGGCGGGUGCCUCUCUGGGGGCCCUGAGGAUGAGGGUGAGGACAAGAAGGUGCGUGGGGACACGGGCCCUGGGGAGCCUGGGGGACCCCUCACCCCACGACGGGUGAGCUCCGACCUCCAGCACGCCACGGCCCAGCUCUCCCUGGAGCACCGAGAUUCCUGAGAGCUGUGGGCCAGGGUCCCAUGCGCCACCCCCGCCCACCCCACUCCCUGAGCUUUUGCUGCCUUAACCCCCCACCCCCCAGCCCUGGAGGUGAAGGCAGCUCUCUUGGUCUCCUUCCUGACUCCUCCCCUUCUCCCCCACAUUUUGUAUAAAACUUUGAAUUUUUUUUUUUUAAUGGUAGGGUGGGUGGGUGCCCAGAGCUGGGGGUUAAUCUCCUCCUCAUCUCUGGGUUUCUAAGUUCUGGGCAAAGUGG